AUGGCGCCGCGGCAGAUCCAAAGCAAGCUUUCAAGCAUCAAAGACAGAAGCAAGGUGCCAUCCGUCUCCCUGGCGUUGCCGGUUCCGUCAGGCGUCCUGACGUCCAUCCACUAUGCCGCAAUUGCGGAAUGCGACCGGAAAUACGCCGAGGUGGCCAAGGCCGUGGAAGCCUUGAGAAUCAUCGAUGUCGAUGUGUCCAAGUUGAAAAUCUACGCCCAAGACACAUCAAGCAAGGGCGCCCAAAUCUUUGCCCAGUUGCUCAAUCAAGACGCCGACGACAUAAUCAAGCAGGGCAUGGCCGCUGCCAAGGAACCCGACAAGAACACCCGGCCGACGGUGGUGCUGGCCAACAAGGUGGUCAACGAUUUCUUGGACAAGCUUGUCCACUCGAACGCCCCAGAUUCGGCCACUCCGGCCAAAGCCGACACCGGCGCAGUCGGGAAAUGGGCGAGUAAAUUUGGCCAGUCCAUGCAACGGGUUUGGCCAUUUUCUGGCAAAGAUAUCCCAUCUCGUCUACCUCAUCCAUCUUCUUUUCCGGACGGAGCAGCUAACGAGGUCACAGAAAAAGUGCCCCUGCCGCCUGGUCCGUCAGUUGCCGGCGCCGCAGUCGACAAGACGGCCAGGAAGGACACCGAGUUGGGCAAGGCAAUAGCAGACGCAAUACUCGACGCGAAGGCAUAUUCGAAACUAUGCCUAGGCAUCUCGCCCGACUCCGCCGACUCCCUUGCCGUUGCUUCCAUCCAAGCGUUCAUACCCACCUCGAAUGGUAAAGCUCCGUCGAUUGGUUCCGUCAUCGCCGCUGUUCGGUAUUUUCACCACAAGGGGACCACCAUGGUGGGAGGCAACAAUCUUGCGAGUGUUGAUUUUGUCAUUUCAGCUCUGGAAACUGCGAUCCAUCAUCUUGAUGGUCAGAGACCGAAGCCAACCGUUCCCUGGAGCACAAGGAAAAACCGGGAGCUGUUCCAAGGACAGGUUGAUUUCCUCAAGGGUCUGCUGGAGCCCGAAUCAGAAAGGGCAUUUCAAGCCAUCAGUUUCGCUUCUCGAGGCCAAAAUGGAGUACCCAAAAACACCCAGCUUGCUCCAGAGGAACAAGGAGGGUCCUAG